AUGGUGUGCAGAAUGCACAUUGUUUUGUUCCGGAUCUUUAUGCUAUGUCUCACGUUUGGAUUUGUCACUCCUGAUACAAAAUCGCUUGACGACAGAAUCUUUGCUCUUAAAACUGCCCCCAGGGAUAAUGAUCUCAUCAUUGUUAAUAUGGAAUUUUUUGAGGAGUGCGUCCUUUCUUCUCCGCGAAAUUACUCCUUUGUUCUUCUGGUUGGAACAAAGGGGGAAUCUUGCGACCAUUGCAAACCUGCCAUUGCCGCUCUUUCUAACGUCGCUAGACAAUGGAAUAGGCUACACCCGAAUUCAUCGGAAAUAUUUUUUGGUUUUGUAGACUUUGUGUACAACCUAGAACUGCUACAAGUGAAAACCGCUCCUUUUGUUUUGUUCUUCGGACGCCAUGCUAGUAUAGGCGAUUGCGACAGAACAAGCCACCCACAAAUUGUGGCCACCCCUGCCCUAAUAGCCGCUUGGAUUUCUAAAAUCUCCGACAUAAAUGUUGAAGCCGCUGUUUCAAGGGAUUUUUCAAUCCUUUUACCUAUUGCUUGCGUUCUUCUAUUUUGUGCAGUCUUAAAGAAAUUUACUUGGCUGAGAAAUACUAAGUUUAUUGCUUCGCUUUGUUUGACAUUUAUCUGCAGCAUGUGCUCCGGAUUAAUGUGGGUUGUUAUUAACUCGAUGCCUUUUGUGGCUCUUCAAGAUGGGAAGGUAGUUUAUUUUUAUCCUGAAAAUCGUGCCCAGUUUGGUUGCGAGUGCCUACUAAUUGUCCUCUUUUAUGCUAUGAUCAGUGGUGGGCUUAUCUUUCUCACAACCAAGUGCUCGAAAUUCCGAAAAAAUACCUUUAUGUACAGCAUCCGGGUGCUGGUCGGUGUUGGCGUGGCAGUACUUGGUUUCAAUCAGAUGGCCGAAUACUACACCCUUAAGGCAGGGUACUUACCCUUCCACUUCUCAUUCCUCUGA